AUGUUUGUCUGCCCUGUAUGGGGCUGUGGUGAUGGUUGUGGUAGUACGUUGAUUGUGGUGGUUUAUUUUAGAGCGCGGAUGAGGGGCUUGCUUGAGAGUUUGGAGCAAAACUUAUGUGACACACAGAAAGAAAAUUGCUGGGUGGAAGUUGCAAUUCUCAGGGUGCUAGAGCAUCACAGAGGGCGCGAACAUGCCUUGCUAAAUUUGACUUAUGAUUGGUCAAUUCUUAAUGUGGAACAUGUGAGGCGUGGGCACGUCAAAAGAAAGGAUACAAAAGUUGAAAGGAGGAAACUUUGGCAAGAGUUGGAGAACGUUAGGGUGAUUGGCCUUCCUUGGGUAGUUUCUGGCGAUUUCAAUAUCAUUAGAAAUGACUCUAAGCGAGUGGGUGGCCACCCUAGACCUCUUUAUGCUAUGCUACCAAUUUUAGGUAGAAAAUUAUCUUGGUGCAAUGGACAUGAAGGCUUGACUAGAAGUUGGGCACGGCUAGACAGAACACUGCUAAGUGAGGAGGUGUUGCGUGAUUUCCCAGAGGCAAAUAUGAAGUACCUGCCAGAUAAUAUUAUUUUGGAGUUAGAAGAACUGGUGGAGGCACUCGAUCACAGGUUACAAGACACAUAUUCUGAUGAUGUAGAACAAGAAUAUUUGAUUUCUAAAUUUGAAUUGGAGGAGUGGCAAAGGAGAGAGGAAAUUAGAUUGUCUCAACUAGCAAGAAAGAGAUGGUUGACUGAUGGUGAUAACGACCCUAAAUUUUAUCAUGCUGUAGUUUCGCAGAGACGCAGAAAAUCAAAGUUGAAUCAGAUGAAAACUUUGCCAGAUUUAUCAUACAUCAUUGAGUCAGCAGUUUUGCAAGAGGAAGGAGAGAUGCUAUGUGCCCUACCGACAGAAGAUGAGGUUCGAGCUGCAACUCUUUCGAUACCAGUGGAUAGCGCACCUGGGCUUGAUGGAUAUAGAUUAUCUCUCAAGAGCAAGGAGCCUUCAUUCCAGGUUCGUGGUGGAAAUGUGAUGGUUAAAGUAGAUAUGGCUAAAGCAUAUGAUAGAGUGGAGUGGCAGUUCUUGCUUCAUGUGUUAUCAUCUUUUGGUUUCCCGGUAAGGUUUUGCAAGUUAAUUGAUCAAUGUAUAUCUACACUAUGGUUCUUAGUGAUGAUGAAUGGAACCAUGCAAGCCUUUUUUAAAUCUUCGAGUGGUCUUCGCCAAGGAGAUCCAUUAUCCCCUUAUUUGUUUAUUAUCAUGCAAGAGGUGCUGACUAGAUUGCUAAAGAGAGGUUUUCAGGAAAGACGGAUUGGGUGCUUCUCACACUCUAGGGGCGCAAGUGCAAUAACUCAUUUGAUGUAUGCUGAUGAUUUAGUAAUUUUUGCCAAUGCAGGGAAAAAGUCUAUCAGAGAACUCAAGAAGGUUCUAUGUCUAUAUAAGAGCUGGUCUGGUCAAAAGAUCAACAAGGAGAAGACUGCUAUAUUUUUCUCAGAAAAUUGUUCAGUGGCUUGGAAAGGAGAAAGACUAAGGGACACUAGUUUUAAGGAGGGUCAAUUCCCAAUUACUUACUUGGGAGUUUCGGUGGUCUAG